GGGCCCUUCACUUCUGGUGUGGAUUCUCCCAAUUUGUUUUCCCCACCUGUGUUGUUCCUUUCACUCCCUGCCAGUACUCUCGCAGCAAUCACGAUGUACUCUAUCUUUCUCUAUCUCCUCCAACCACCGCUUAACCUCGCCAUUUAAUUCAUCAACUCCUACCUCUCCACUCUCAUUAAUCAUGUCUAUGAACAACAACUAACCAGAUUCGCUCCUUCCUUUGUUUCUUUAGCUGCUUAUUAUUGUGGUGACCAGGGAGAUCUGUUUCAAGAAACGAACUGCCACCUGGUUCUUAACAUCUUUGCUAGCGAUUUUGUUGCUAUGGCUACUGCUUCUUGGUCAUGAAACAUGAAAAACCUUAUUUCAAGACUAUAAUGGGUUCUUAUCACCCAUGUUUUCUGUUCAGUGCCACUGUUUUGUUACAUUUUCUGCUCCCUACGGUCUUUUGUUUUGCUCAACACGACCUGCAACCUCCAAUUGCUUCUCAUGAGGGUGCAGCAUUUGAGGAGAAGGCAAGGCUAGGUUCAACCCCACCAAGUUGCCACAACAAAUGCAAUGGUUGCCACCCUUGCAUGGCAGUUCAAGUGCCUACUCUGCCGAAUCAAAACCGACCAGCGCAGCCGGUUUCAACCAAAACUAGCAUCAUUGAUCCCUUUUUUGACCCAUAUCCUGCAGGUAAUAACAGGUACUCAAAUUAUAAGCCACUGGGUUGGAAAUGUCGCUGUGGUGACCAUUUUUACAAUCCUUUAAGCUAACUAAUUAAUUAGAGAUGGAUCAAAAUGUCGAUCAUGAUAAUCAUAAUUUCUCUCCUUAAUCUGUUUUGAAAUUGUGAUUAAAGGAGCUUCCUGGGAUUCUUUAGACACGUGACGUUGUCAGCAUUAAUCGUACAUAUUGAAACUUCCAUACAGUGUAAAAGACUUGUUCUAUCGAGUCCUUUUGGCUUUAUUAUCUGGGGUCCCGGCUAGAAGAGUUAACGUUUAGCAAGUGUAAAAACUGCCAUUAACUUGUUGACAAGCUCAGACUUUCUGUUUAACCAUUUGAGUUUGCCUUUGUUUCUUUGGUUAUUCCAUUUUUUCUGCAUUUGGGUUUGUUUCUGUCAA